AAUAGUUUUAUUUUAUGGUUUAUGCUUCUAUAUGGCUACUCGCACCGCCCUCCUAAUCUAUGUACUGCCCCCAACUUGGCUCACCCGCGGGUUCAUGGGUCCUUCCAAGACUCUUGCUGUCGUCUGUCGCGUGGCGGUCGCUGGUCUCCUCGACCCGAUCGACCUUCCGACUCUCGAUGAUCUCCCUGUGUGUGGGUGGCCAGAGAACUUCUCAAACAUCCGAUAAACUUAAAUAUCUCUUCUCAUUCAAAAAAUCAAGUGCUUAGUGUUUCAGCUGUCCAGUUCGUUCUAUUUACUCGCACUGGAAAACACAGCACUGUGAUCUGGUUUUCCCCAAAACGAGUACGAGUACGAGUAAUACUGUGUGUUCCAGAAAAUAAAAUAGUUAUAAAAUAUGGCUAACGAAGAGGAAGAGCCGGAGGUCCUGUCCUGGCCAAAGAAGUUUCUUUUGAUAUUAUGGAAAAAUAUAUGUGUGCUGUUGGGACGCAAAUGCCAGUUGGCUUGUUUAAUAAUAAUUUCUCUUUUAAUACCGCUGGUGCCCUUGAUAGUGAGGACUGAAUCCUCAGCAAUCAUUCCAGAUGAAUUUUUUAACCCCAAGGAUGAAUACGGAUUAAUCCUUUGUUACUCGCCGCAAAAUCCAAUUCUUGACAUGAUUGUCAGAGGGGAACCCACCGUUCCCUCUGUUGAAUCUGACGAAACUUUGAUCUAUGUUGAGGGCUUUGUCGAUGCCAAGGCCUUGGAGGAAACGCUCGAAAAAAAUAUCACGUACAGGGGUGGGUUCGGUAUAGAGUUUCCCGAGGAGUGGUCCGAUAUAACCGAGGUGCCGCAAAGAUUCCGGUUUGCUCUGCGCUUUCCCGUUAGCAGCGCAGAGCAUUUUAGUGUGAAUCUCCUGAUAUCACAGAACACAGUACAAAGGAAAUACCAAAGAAGUGGCUUUCUGCUUCUUCAGACGAAAAUCAGCCUACGGUAUCUGCAGAUGAAGAAUACGACUCAAAAUGUGAGUCCACCAACACUCGAGAAACUAUAUGAAGAUGUAGAAAUGAAACUAGAAGUUUUUUUUGUUAUAUUAUUAAUGUGUGUGUUCCUAUGCCCGUUUACAUUGGACGUUAAGAACAUUGUCGAGGAAAAGGAGCUUCAGCUGAAGGACAUGUUGAACAUCAUCGACGUAAGCAACUCGCUCCAAUGGCUGGCCUGGUAUGUCAAGUCCAUGAUAGUUUUAUUCAUAGUAUCGCUUAUUAUUACGAUUUUUUGGACGGGGAUCGAUCUGCCCACCUCCGAGUACGGAGGACCUUUUACCGGAAUGCCCGCUCUCCCGCACACCGACUGGUCGGUCUUCCUGUUCUAUCUGCUUGUGUGCAGCCACUGUUUCAUAUGCUUUGGCUUCCUGGUCAGCUCCUUCUUUGCGCGCAGCAACUGGUGUGGCAUCAUUGCCGCCCUUCUGUUCAUAGCCAGCUCUUUGCCCAAUUUUGUCACUGACCAUGACAGUACUGGGACGCUGGUGAACAUGCUGUGCAGCAUUUUCGUUGUGUCGGCCAUGAACAUGGUCAUGGAUCGCAUUAACCUAUGGGAGCAGGCGGGCCUGGGCCUGCAGUGGGGCAAUCUCUUUGAGACGUCGUGGCUCCGCGACAGCAUAAGCGUGGGGGCGAUCCUAACGAUCAUGCUGCUGUUCAGCCUGAUCUCGGUCCUCAUCUGCCUGUACAUGGAGCGGGUGAGGCCUGGGGAGUUUGGCACGCCACAGCCGUGGUAUUUCCCGUGCACCAAGCACUUCUGGUGUCCGGCCAAGCACACUGUCCGACGAGCACUAUCCCCGCCCGGGCUCUUCCCUGUCCAACCCAAUGACGAGGAGCGACCUUCGGGUCAGUUCGUGGAAGGUAAGCCCUCCAAGUUCGUCGAUGCCAGCGCCAAAGGCAAAACCCCUGGUGUACAAAUCAAAAAUCUCAGCAAAAGCUUUGGCAAGCGACAGGUGGUCGCCGGCCUCACAUUCGAUUUGUUUGAGAACGAGAUCAUGGUGCUCCUGGGACACAAUGGCGCUGGAAAGACCACGACCAUACAAAUGUUGACGGGUACCAUUCCACCCAGCUCCGGCACGGCGAUCAUCAAUGGCUACGACAUACAAACCGAACACCUCCAGGCCCGUCGCUCCUUGGGCAUUUGUCCGCAGAGUAGCGUCUUCUUUGGUGGUUUAAGUGUGGCCAGUCACCUUCGCUUCUACAGCCGCCUCAGAGGCCUGAAGGGGGCAGCGGUCAAACAGGAGGUGGAUAAAUACCUACAGAAGCUUAGCCUAAAGGAAAAGGCCUCCAGCUCGGCCAGAAGCCUCUCUGGCGGCACCCAGCGACGGCUCGCCCUGGCCUGUGCCCUGUGCGGCAACGUCAAGGUUCUGUUCUGCGACGAGCCCAGUUCGGGUCUGGAUCCCAACUCGCGGCUCGAACUAUGGAAGCUGUUGCUGGACGAGAAGCAGGGACGCACCAUUCUGCUCACCACACACCAAAUGGACGAGGGCGAGGUACUGGCCGACCGCAUUGCCAUCAUAAGCGAUGGCCGGCUCCGUUGCCUGGGCUCGCUGGCGUUCCUCAAGAAACAGAACGAGACCAGCUAUCUGCUCACCUGCGAGAAGGGCCCCAACUGCAAUGUGUCCAGGUUGACCCAACUGAUAGCCGGCCACGUGCCCAACACGCUUCCCCAAAGUAACAUUGGAUCAGAUGUCUCCUAUCGAUUGCCGCACCGCUAUCUGGGAUCCUUUGGGUCACUCUUCAGCGACUUGGAGCAGGAGAAGGAGCAGCUGGAUGUUGUGGGAUUCGGUCUUAGCUCCACCAGUCUGGCAGAAAUAUUUAUGACGCACGGUGCAGAAGAUCUUGGGCGCGGUGGGGGUCGCACUAGCGGCGGUGGCAGCGGUGGCUCAGAUGUGCAGAGGCAGAGACAGAGCCAAAGUCAGAGCCAGAGACAGAGUCCGGAACAGAGCCAUCGUCCAAACUGUUGCCAGCGGUUCUUGGGCCAGUGGGAGGCCAUGUUGCUGAAGAAGCUGCUUUUUAUCAAUGGCAAGAAAUGGAUAUUUCUGGUUAUCCUGCUGCUGCCCAUAGUCCUCUACAUUUUUUUUCUGAUUCGUAAGCCAUCGGCGAGCUCCUUACUGGUCAGGCUGCCGAUAGCACUGGCCGAUUAUAAAAACGACGACGUGAAAAUAAUAUUGCAAUCGACAUCGGACACUCGCCCUGCGCGGGAUAUAGCCAAUGCCUACCAAGAGCUGGCCCAGCAACACUGCACCGUGGAAAGAGUAAGCCAGAAUAUAAAUGACUACAUCGGCCCGGGCCAGGAAACGCCCCAAAGGAUGUACGAAAUGAAGCGCAGUCUUAUAGCAGCAGUCACCGUCGACCAAGAGACGAUCGCCUGGUGUAGAUAUAGUCUUUUCUUGCAUAGUGCUCCUCUUUCGCUCAACCUCGCAUUCAAUGCCAUGGCCAAAGCGCUGGUGGGCCCCGAGGCGAGCAUAGAGGUAACCAAUGCCCCCUAUAAAGGCUCGAAUGCACACGGAUAUGACGCAAUUGAGUCUUUAAUCGCGGCCAUUUGUGUUUUGCUCUAUCUGUCCAUUGUCCUGGCGAUAUUCGCCAUCUUAGUGGCGCAGGAGAAGGCAUCGCAGAUACGGAUGCAGCAGCAGGUGUCCGGCGUGAACAUGGCCACCUACUGGCUGUCCCACUACAUCGCAGACUUGGUCCUCUACUUUGUGUUUUCGCUGGCACUGAUACUGGUGUUGCACGAGCUGUGCCAUCCCGGGGAUAUGCUGGCGAUCCUCAUGAUUAUCGGAGUGGCGGGUCUGCCCUUCACCUAUAUGAUGGCAUGCCUUUUCAGAGAUGCUGGCACUGCAGUGGUCAUAAUUACCAACUUUAACAUUCUGUUCGGUGCGGUUUUCGGCUUCUUCAUGGCAUUGACAUGGGGGUCAAUUGAUAUACCUUUAAAGAUGUUGUGGAUACGGUUAUUCUACCUUUAUCCUGUGUUUACUGGCCUCUUUGCGGUCGCAAAAUGCUUCGUAAGGAAAAAGUGCAAUUUUGAACAAAUUCCAUUUGAGCAGUUCGAUGAUUUAGAUGCCGGUUUCGAACCGCCUGAAUCGUUAUGUACUCCCGGAAACACCUUUACGGCGGACUGCUCUUGCAUGGACCUUCUGGACUGGGUGGAGGUGAGGUAUCUGCUUAUUUCUGGCAUUAUCUACUUGUUGCUGCUGAUAUUCGGCGAGUACAGUAAAAUGUUGUGGCAUGGCCUAAAACAUAUUUUUGGUUGUUGUUGUAAAAAAAAUGUGACAAUCAACGAUGCAGAUGUGGCUGCUGCGGCCGAAGGGAUAAGCAAAAUGUCGAGCGAGGAUCGCCAGGAGCAUGCUUUGGUCCUGAACCGGGUCUCAAAGAGAUACUGCAGCCUGGCUGCCGUACGUGGAAUAUCCUUCGCUGUCAAACCGGGCGUGUGCUUUGGGCUGCUGGGUGCCAAUGGGGCCGGCAAAACGACAACCUUCAAGAUGAUUGUGGGCGACAUUGGCAUGACCAUGGGGAGUAUUCACGUCAGAGGCUGCAGCCUAAAACUCCGUCCCACGGCAGCGAGGAAGCACAUCGGCUACUGCCCCCAGCACGACACGCUCUUCGACUUCUGCACUGGCCGUCAAACACUCAGGAUCUUCCUUUUGCUGCGCGGCACACGCCGAAAUCUCAUCAAAGAAGCCACCGAAAAGUUGGCCUCUGAAUUUGGCUUUUUUGUGCACCUUGACAAAAAGGUCAAAUACUACAGUGGCGGCACCAAGCGAAAGUUGAACGCGGCAGUGGCCGGCGAGGGCUCAUCGCUCAUUUGUCUGGACGAGCCCAGCUCUGGGGUCGAUCCGGCGUCCCGGCGCCAUGUGUGGAACGUCCUCUCCUCCCUGCGGGACAAGGGGAAGGCGGUGGUACUUACCUCUCAUAGCAUGGAAGAGGUGGAGGCCCUGUGCACGCAAUUGGCCAUUAUGGUGGAUGGUCAGAUUCACUGCCUGGGAUCGCAGCAGCGCAUCAAGAACAAGUUUGCCCAGUGUCUGGUGCUCAAGUUACACGUGGAGACGAGCCCGGAAAGCAUGGCGCACACUCUACAGAAGAUAAAGACUCAAAUGGAAUCGGACUUUCCCACGGCAUCGCUAGAGGAAGAGUUCGGUGGCAGGCUCACCUACCACAUUCCCACGGCUAAGCUGCGAUGGUCGAAGGUAUUCUCGUACGUUGAGAGGAACCGCAGCCCUUGGAAGGUGGCAGACUACUCUCUGACGCAGCCGUCGCUAGAAGAUGUAUUUCUGGACAUUGCCAAGAAGAAAGCGAACGAAAGGAAUCAACGAAAUAAUCAGAAGAAGCAAUCGCAGAGUCGUGCUUCGAAAUCUGAUAAAGAUAAUAAUAAAUAAAUG